GUAAAAAGGAGUUCGGCUGAAUUCUCGCAAGGACAACUUCGCAUUGAGGCCAUCCAUGAUGUUCAACUUUAAACAAACAAAUAUCUCCGCUUCCCCAGAUAUUAGUGCGAUAGAUUGGACGAGGGACUCCAUUCAUGAGAAGAUCCAGAAUCCAACAAAGCAACAACGGCACUUGCACCAACGCCGCCGAGCGACGAGUUGCCUGGUUUCGCGGUGGAGAGUGUCUGCUGUCCGGACGGCUGUUUACCCGCACUUGGGAUAGUUGAGCCCCCGUUUUGAUUAACAAGCUGGAGCAUCAUGAAAGACCACAAUGGAAGGAUGCAAGACCCACUCGGACCCGGAGACGGUGACUGACAAGUGUGGGUUCUUCCAACAAGUGCAGCAAAGACUGACAUGUGUGGCCAGUGCUCCGAGUGUCUGAUUGCCAUCCACCAACGUUGGUUUUGCAAGAUACCUAUUCAGAUGCUUUAUACUUCGUUUGGAGGCUGUAAUGAGCUAGUGUAGAGAUGACAUGUCGGACAUUUCGAGGGUUGGAGAUUUGCAUGAUGUCAGAGCCAGUGCAACAUGCGGUUAUGAUCGUCUCGAAGGUUCAUCUCAACCCUUCGGAAACAGCAGCAGACUCUUUACCCCAUACCCGCCGUACCCCAGAUGGUGCCAUGAUAGCUAAAGCUGGGGAAAUUUCCAUUUUUUCUUUUCAAACCACCGAUGUUAAACAUUGGGGCCCCGGAUUUGCGGACACUCUCAUUGAUGUGACUGACCCGCUUGCUUCAUCCAUGUUUCCGGAAGCCGAGGAUGAAGACGAGAGCGAGAUCCAUUGCUUCUGCUAUAUGUCGUCCUGGCUCCCACAGCCUGAAGUUUUCCAUGUCUGAUGGAAAAAGAAUAUCUGUUUCGACCCCUGAUUUUUGACGGGUUUUUCGCCAUAUGUUUCGCUGACACUCUGGGUUGCACGCCGCGCCUUGUCAAAGAUUUCAGCCCUCUCGGGCGACCGGGAGAACGCAUGCCCAGGCGGCAGUGACGGUAGUGACGGUAAAUGGCGGCGAUCUAGCAGGCGUUGGCAAACAACCAGAGGGACGUUGCGCGGCCAUGCGCAUGGCUGCAAUUGCCCAUUUCGUGGUCGUAGCGAUGGAAGCGGCCAUAAUCUCUUGGCACCAAGCCGUUAGUGGCUUGGGGUCCUCAAUGCACCUCUUGGCUCUCAACCUCCAAGAACAGCAGGAUGCCCCAGACGACCUGAAAACACCAGAUUUAAAGCGUCGAAUUGCGCAUCCACUGACCCUAUUCAAACCACAUGGGCCAACCUGGACAAGCACCCCGCCGCUGGAUCUGGAACGUCGUUUCUCCGAACGCACGUACCCACCCACCCAUCACGGCACUCUUGACUCCUCAAAGUCUUGAUAUCUGCGAAACAGGUGCUGGGUAGAACUACGGAGUAUCCGUACUCUAUAUGAUUCAGGCCAAACACACGGCCACACUCUAGGUGUGCCACCUGAGAUGCUGUGCGCACCACACUUUUACGUUACAAGUCUACAUAUAUGCAGGCAUCGUCCCAUGGCGCAAUCAAAAGACACCCAUGAAUCCCAUAGCCGUCAUCGCAGGCCCUAGCUGAGCAGUCACUGGUCGCGCCAAGAAAGAGUCAGUCUUGGCAUGUUCUGAGGCUCAUUCAUUGACACCUUGGAGCGCCACUGGCUUGUUCUUGGAUGCCGAGCUUUUCAGACGUCAGAGUACAUCAUUGAUCCCCAAAUCACCAUUGUCUAACCACUGCGUGGGCGUUUACAAACUAUCUGCGAUGUCCUUUCCAGAACCUGGUUGUCAAGAGUUGAUAUCACGGGGAGCACGUGGCUCUCUCCCAAAAAAAAGAGCUGGUCAUGGUCUAAGUCAGAUGGACCGGCAUCCCAUGUCCUGUGUUGGGUUCCCCGGAUGGGGACAUCCCGGGUUCUGCGUUUGCGGACAAACUUCCAACUCGCUGGAUACCGGUGAGAGAAGGCCUGGCUUUAUCUGAUGUGGAUGAGUCCCGUUCCAUUUUGGUUACGAGCCCCCUUUAUUGCAGCGCAACCAGGGAGUUCCUGGACGUGGAGCUAGCCCCCUUUGACGGGACUGGUCCGUCACCAUCUUCAUCCACACUCGUCCCAGAGAUAGGGCACACCUGCCCUGAUGGUGCCUCGGCCGAGCCAAUGGGUGCGAGACACUCAAACGGCAGGUCAAGUGUCCCCGUCCACUGCCGUCAUACCUAGAUCCCAGUGACAGUGGACAAGUUGUGGAGAAUAGUCUGACUGCCAACGGCGCUAUAUUUCUCCCUUCAACCGUAAAUAGUAAAUCCACCUUUUCACCUGGGCGAGCUGGGGUACAUACGGAUUUCAUUGUGUCCGGUAUGCCGUGAGGCAGCGCAGAUGCCCACUCACCCUCCCUCGCAACUGGUGCGAGUGACCCGCUUCGUGCUCCUUUGGGAGCUUGGGGCCGCAUCUGGUUCGACGAUCCCAGAUGAUCGCUGCCUCCCCCCAGCAACCCCAGAUCCUGGACGUGGCUGUUAGGGUACUAUCCCGACACUGCAUAUAUCAAGCCCGCCGUCGCCCUCCCCCAUUCCAACCUCUGUCACACCUCCAGUUCACUCUUCUCAUCUUCUCCUGAAUACCAUCAAGCUACGGCCUCUUUCUUGCAUUGUAUCAGAGGAGAGUGACAGGACUCAACAACCUACUUUACCACACACAAUGUCCAACUCCGGGGGUUCUCUUACUGAGAAGGAUAUGGGCCAUGCGACCGGCGCGGCGCCGAACGCCCAUGGGCCUGCCACCGGUCACUACCGGGGCGGAUACGAUCCCCGGAACCCAAUGGCCAACAUCCACGCCGGCGACGAGCCCAGGCUUCCAGCCUUCGGUGGUGAAUUCCAGCCCGGUCUCUGGCGGCCUGUGGAGAAGCGCCAGUUCGCCAACCCGGCGCCUCUGGGUCUGAGUGCUUUCGCUCUCACCACUUUCGUCCUUUCGGCUAUCAAUCUGGGCACCCGCGGUGUCAAUGUUCCCAACAUUGUUGUUCCCCUUGCCUUUGGCUAUGGUGGCUUGGUCCAGCUCCUGGCUGGUAUGUGGGAGAUGGUUGUUGGCAACACCUUUGGUGCUACCGCCUUAUCAUCCUAUGGUGGUUUCUGGAUUGCUUGGGGCCUCUUGCUCACUCCUCACUGGAACAUCCUUGGCGACGAGGGCCCUUACAAGACUGAUGCCAUCACCUCCUCUGAUCCCAUGAUGUACGAGUCGGCCAUGGGCUUCUUCCUCACAGGCUGGUUCAUCUUUACGACAAUCCUCCUCCUGUGCACACUGCGUUCGACCGUCAUGUUCUUCCUCCUUUUCUUCACCCUCGACCUCUGCUUCCUCAUGCUUGCCUGCUCCCACUACUCUCACUCGAACGGGAACACUGAGAUGUACCACACCCUCACCAAGGCUGGCGGUGGCUUCGGUAUGGUCGCAGCCUUUUUGGCCUGGUACAAUGCAUUUGCCGGUAUUGCCGAUAGCAGCAACUCUUUCUUCCUCAUUCCUGUCUUCCACUUCCCCUGGUCUGAGAAGGGUCGCGAGGCCAGACUCGCUCGCGCCGCUACCCGGGAGACUCGGGACUCGGCUUAAGAGAAACGUCACGACACGCAUGUUGGCAUCAUUUUUUAUGAAUGAUUUCGGUUUUUGGAAUGGAUACAUUCACGGUUGAACACAGCACCGUGGAUGAUGGGAAACGUUAUAUUUAUAUUUAUAAUUUUUUUUUUUGGAUGUUAUCCUGAGCAAAGUUUCCUGAACCUGGAUAUAGUUGGUUUUAACUAACGGCGUUGACGAGAACAAUGGAUGACGGAUGGAGUUUUUUUGUCUUUUUUUUUGGGUUGAAUUAAGCAAGCGAACUGCAAAAGGCGCAGCGAGGGCAGCAUCAAAAGCUUUGGGAUACUGAACGAUUACAUACCUAUAUAUCACACAGUACAUACCUACCUGACUUACAUGCUAAUCCAAAAGUUUCAUCAUUGGCAGAUGUGUAACA